AUGCCCAGCAGCGUUGCGGCACAGCCGCAGGGGAGCUGCAAUCCGCACCAGAACCCGGUACGGUCGCACAAGGGCGGCUAUCUUUGCUGCCCAUUCAACAUCAGCUCCAGCUAUGCGGCGCUUGCCGAGCGGCGAGUGCGCGAGGACCUGGCGCGCGGCCGCGGAAGAGUCGCCGUAGCGGACAAGGAUGGGGUGACGGCGCUUUCAUCUACAGGAUCGCAUGUGGACAGCGACGGCAUCGACAGCGACUUUGCCGGGCGUCCGUGGAGUCGUGCCGGGGUAGGGGCGAAUAGGUUGUCUGCAAAAGAAAAGCGGACGCAGCAGGAGCAGGCGGAGCUCAUCUACGGCCACGGCACACUCGCUGGGGAUGAUGGCUUUGUGGCGGCUACUGGUGCGGCAUCCAUAACGGGGGAUCUGUCUCAGGAGAACAUGUUUGCCGUCGAUGUGCGCGACCGUGCGGCGCUGCAGAAGGUCGUGCCGCGCGCGGUGCGCGAAAAGGUGAAGCGGCGCAAGCUCGAGGAAUUCAAGAAGGAGCGUCUUUCCCCUGGCAAUCAUCACUGUCACGGGUGUGCUCCGUUGCACACGGAUCGCACAGCAGAUAAGGAGGUGGGAGAGGAGGAUGGCGUGGAAAGCCGUUCUGAGGAUCACAUUGCGGUGCCUCCCCACGAGCGCACACGUUUUUCAUUGCCGGCAGCUGGCUCUUCCAGAAACGGUGCGCCACCGUUGCCCUACUCUGCAGGCGGUAAGGCCCAUCCUAGCGGCGGGAGCAGCGGUGUCAAAGCUUGCGCCGAGCGGUCGCCACGCAGCGGCCCGCCCGAUGCGUCAGCUCAGCACCCGCCUCUCCGACAGCCCACACCAACUCCUGGAUCAACAAAACCGAACUGCCCGAAGAACCGCAUGCAGAUGUUGGACGGCUUGCGUGCCUCUGCGCUCAUGGGCAAGAAGAACCGACGAUAG